AUGGCGGCCAGCAUGCAGGAGAGGACCCCCGUGCUUCUCCCCCCUGCAGAGCUACAGCGCCAGGCCGCAGGGAUCCUGGGGAUGGAGGAGGCUCUUUUUGUGCCCACUGCCACGAUGGCAAACCUCAUCGCCGUGAUGUGCCACUGCCAGCGCAGGGGGGCUCAGCUGCUCCUGGGCCGGGACUCCCACCUGCACCUCUACGAGCACGGCGGGGCCGCGCAGGUCGCUGGGGUCCACUCCCAGGCGCUGCCGGACCUUCCAGACGGCACCUUGGACCUGCACCGGCUGGAGCUGACCCUCCGUGACGCCCACGGCAGCCGGUACCACCCGCGCCCCGAGCUCAUCUGCCUGGAGAACACGCACAGCUCGGCGGGGGGCCGGGUGCUGCCCCUCACCUACCUCCAGCAGGUCCGUGGGCUUGCUGACCGCUACGGACUGCAGGUGCACAUGGAUGGAGCGCGGCUGAUGAAUGCGGCGGUGGCCCAGGACGUGGACCCAGCUCAGAUCACCCAGCACUGCGACUCCGUGUCCCUCUGCUUCUCCAAGGGCCUGGGUGCCCCAGCCGGCGCGGUGCUGGCUGGACGCAGGGAGUUUGUCGCUGAGGCCUGGCGUGUGCGGAAGCUGCUGGGCGGGGGGAUGCGGCAGGCUGGCGUGCUGGCAGCCGCUGCCCGCGUUGGACUGGAGCAUGCGGAGGCGACGCUGCGCAGAGACCAUGACAACGCCCAACGCUUUGCUGAAGGCAUCCAGGAGCUGAACUCGCCCGUCUGCUCUGUCAACCUCGCAGCGGUGGAGACAAACAUUGUGAUGGUGAGCAUCAGGGGAGGCUGGCUGUCCCCCACAGAGCUCUGUGAGCACCUGCGGGCAGUGAGUGAGGAGGAGCUGGCCGAAACCGGCCAGGCUGUCAGUGUCCUGCUGUUCCCCUGGUCGGCACACACCGUGCAUGCGGUCUGGCACCGCGAUGUGUCAGCCUGUGACGCCGAGCUCGCAAAGAACAAGCUGGAGUUUGUGGCCAGGAAGUGCCAGGAGAAGCUGGCCCUGGGACUGCGUCCGACUCCUCCGACUCCUCCGAGCGCAGGGGGAGCCUGA